UAUUGUGCGUAUGUUUUAAAUCACAUUGUAAUUUGCUUUACAUUGCAGUAGGCUUUUAUUCUUUGGAAUUACUUUAAAUGAACUUUUCAGGGAUUUCUGAAUUCUUAAAAAUGAGGGACAUUGUCUCCUUGGGAGGAGGCAGAGCUUUUAGAAACACUGAAUAAAUUAGUUCUGGUGGCAUGUAGAAAGAAUAAACAACUUGUUAUAGUAUAAAAUACCACGAAUUAUAGUUGGUGAAAAUGUAUUGUAUACCAAAAAGUUGUUACAUGCCUUCUUAAGCUGUUGUUUUGACGUUUGUUCCUUACAUUGCUUUCCCAUUUAUAUAAGGGGAUAUAGAAAAUUCUGCAGAAGUAUUUUCAUGCUGUUAUUCUUACUGUUGUGGUCUGGAGUACUUCUACUGUCUUAAAUGCUGCAAUUUAGGAUGUGAUCAAUUGAAGAGUUAGUUCAGCGAUGAUUAAAAAGACCUAUCAGUUUUUUGUUUUUUGUUUUUUUUUUAAAGUGAACCUAGAAGAAACACUUUUUUUUUUUUUCGGAGAGGGGGGAAGGACUUUUCUAUUACCAAAAUAAAUAAAUAAAUAAAAAAUACAGAGAGUAUUAUCAAGAAACAACUUCUAAUUGUGUUCCAUGUUCAUUGGAUGGAAGACAAAGGAAGUAACUUCGUAGUAAAGAAGGGUUCACCUGAGCACAAGGAAAGCUUGGGACCUGUGGUAUCUCUGUUAAGAAAACUUACAGCUUCUACAGCCUGCCACUUUAGUGCACAAUUGAUGAUUUCACUUGAAAUACUCACGUGAAGAAAUUAACAGUAGGCAAGGUAUAACUGCUUUUUAACAAUGUUAAGAAUUCAGCAUUGUGUAACAGCUAACAGGAUACCCAAGAAAAAGCCAUAUAUUUGUGACAUUUGCUAUAAGCAGUUUGAAACUCCAUCAAAAUUGGCAAGACAUUAUCUGAUACAUACUGGUCAAAAGCCAUUUGAAUGUCAUGUGUGCUAUAAAACAUUUAGGCAGUUAGUCCAUCUGGAGAGGCAUCAGUUGACCCAUAAUCUGCCUUUUAAGUGUAAUUUUUGUCAUAGAAACUUCAAAAAUGUAAUUACUUUGUUGAAGCAUCAGCAGCUUCAUAAUGAAAACUAUCAGAAUUGUAUCAAGCAAGAAGAAAAAUCUGUGAGUUCUGAGCAGGAUGGGGUCACUUUUGGCAUAUUUCGAUGUUCUGUGUGUUGGAAGUCUUUCACAACUGGAGAGAAGUGGAUGCUGCAUCAGUGUCAGAAGGCAGAUUGUCUACAUGGUACCAGACGGAGAAAGAAAACUCACCCUUGUGAACUGUGUAACAAGACAUUUCCAUCGAGAUCUAAGCUAGAACGACACUUCCUUAUUCACACUGGCCAGAAACCUUUUAAGUGUUCUUCAUGUGGCAAAUCUUUCAGACAGUCAACACAUUUGAAAAUCCAUCAGCUCAUGCAUACUGAAGAAAGGCCUUUUCAGUGCUGCUUUUGUCAGAAGGGAUUUAAAAUACAGAGCAAACUCAUGAAGCACAAACAACUCCAUGCCAGAAAUAAGGCUGUCUCCAAUAUCGUAUACAAAGGAAAAACUAAACAUCUCAGACUACAGAAACUGUCAGAAGGAAAGAUGGAUAGUUUUGAGAGUGCUGACACAUUCAAAUUGCAGGAGAAUGACCCACAUGAUGUUUAUUUGGUUUAUGUCGUACCAUUUCAGUGUCCAGUGUGUGAGCAGUGUUUUGAAACAGAGGAAGUCCUAAAUUUGCAUAAAUGUUAUCUAAGAGAUGAGAAAAGCUCAAGUUGCACAACAGCAUGCAGUCGCACAGUCAGCAUGAAAAGCAAGAUCCUGAUGAAGCUGAAGCGCACUGGAGGAAAGCUAUCAGAUUUUUCUUUGACUGGCAGAGAAAAAAUGAAAUCAGGUCACUUUAGGAAUCCUGACCUGGUUGCAGUUAGAGAGCAGCAAUCUGAUAAAAACGUUUCCACUAAAUCUUUCAGGGACUGCUGUAGCAAGCUUGACCUGUGCAAGGCCGUCAAUUGGAUGAAAAGACGGUUUGCUGUGCCAUUACAAUGGCAAGAGCACCUAGAACCUCUCGAGGUAGGAAUUAAUUUGGAAGGUGUGCUUACUGGCGAAAGCAUGUUAAGCAUCAGUGAUGGAGUGCGUAAUAGGGAUGAUGCUUUUUAUGGUUCGUCAGAUGAUGGCUUCCUUGAUAAUUCAGAAAUACUUCACUAUGCUUUUUCAGCUCCUAAAAAUAUACGUAACAGACACAAAGUGUGUAAAUGUGACAGAUGUGAAAAAAUAUUUCCGUCCUCAUCCAAGCUUCAAAGACAUUACCUUAUACACACAGGACAGAAACCCUUUGGCUGUAAUGUUUGUGGAAAGACAUUUAGACAGUCAGCUCACUUAAAAAGACAUCAGCUCACCCAUACUGAAAACAACUAUAAAAGCUCUGUUUGCCAUGUAGAAUUUGAAAAUCUGAAAAAAUUCUUCAAUCAUCAGGAAGAUCACAUUGAAUUUGAGUCCUCUCAGCCUGUGAGUUAUUCAGAUUAUUCUCAAGCACCUUCACAGGCACCUGGCUUUCAAGAAUUUGAGCUGACUCAGUCUAAUCAAGCAGCUGAAAUCAAAGUUGAAAUUGAGUCAGAGGCCUUUGUUCUUGACAAUGGGAGUAGAAACACAGAGCCUUAUUUGUGUAGUAAAUUGAUGGAAACGGAGCAAAGCUGUUAUAGUUACUGGCAUGAUUUUUCCGAAAGUGUUGAAAGAAGAAAACUAUACCAGUGCAGUCUCUGCUUUAAGACAUUUAAAUCAUUUUCUAAGCUUGAAAGACAUUACUUCAUGCAUGCUGGACAGAAGCCAUUUGAAUGUUCAUUUUGUGGUAAAAGUUUCCGACAGUCUCCACAUUUGAAAAGACAUCACCUUACUCACUUUAAAGAGAGGUUAAAGUUGAGUUCCAGUCAGCAACAAUCAGAAACAUUGUUUUCACUCAACCUGGAUACUGUCCCCUGAAGUUAUGUAUUAAUAUUUUUGAUUGCAUGAUUAUUAAAGUGAUUAUGCUAAACUGGAUAACUAACUGAACAGGAUUAUCUUUUUAUGUUGUGAAGAUGACCUAAUGACUUUAUUUGCUCUUUUCAGAACUGCCCACUUGAUUAUAAUAUCUGGUAAAUUUGGGAAGAUGGUAAAAACAAAACAAAGCAAUAAGCAAGCCACUUCAUAUUUGUUUUCUUAAAAUGUAUUUUUAAAUACACGUUCUUACUGUAUUAAUGGUGUCACGGCAAUUCGCAGUGCUCUUGUAGCUGUUCAAUAAGAAUGAUCAAAAAGUAAAGAUAAAAAGGCAACUUCUGGAAUAUAGGAAAAAUAGUCCCGCCACUUUCUCCUGGCUCUCUCUACAUUGCAAGCAUUAAAAUGUGUACAUUUGCUGUAUUUAGUCCAUGCUUUUUUCAAAAAGAGUAAAAGUUAAUUUUGGAUGAAAAAGAUGCAGAAAAAAA